AUGCGGUUCGCAACCAUCGUCGUCACGGUUGCCAUGGCCGCCAGCAUCGCUCUUGGUGGUGCGAAAGAAACGGCUCCCAACACUACAGAGCCAGAGUUCUUCCUCAUCCGUCACGCGGAGAAGAAGCUGAAUGGAGCGAUAUCCGCCAAGGGCAGACGGCGUGCGCAGUGCCUGGUCAAGAUCUUUGGCAAGGAUAGCAAGUACAACAUUCAGCACAUCAUGGUGCAGAGGCCAUACCCUCACAGUCGGUCGUCGCCUUGCGUCUCGCGGCGCCGUCGCCUUGUCUGCCCGUGCCCGGCUAACACUCUGCCAGACAAGCUCAGCCAGCGGCCCUACAACACGACUCUCCCUCUUGCCAACGCGCUGGGCAUCGAGAUAGACACCCCGUGCAACUACAACCACCCAAAGUGUGCCGCCGACUUCGCCCUCAAGUACAGAGGAGGCAACGUCCUCAUAGGAUGGGAGCACGGCUAUCUCUCCAGGGUGUCCAAGGCCCUGGGCGGCAAGCAUGUGAAGAGAUACCCUCGUGAGUGGACCACGCGGCUUGCCUUCGGCUUUUGUUUGCUAGCUGUCAUGCUCAUCAUUGUAGUUCUGCGCUUCGACCUGAUUUACAACCAGCCGCCGCCGUACACAAACGUGACUGUCACCAAGGAAGACUGCGAGGGGCUAGACAAGUGA